CCCCCUCGGCCCCGCCCGGCCCGGCCCCGGCGCUCGGCGCUGGCCGCGCUCCCCGCUGCCUCCUCGCGCUGCCCGCGCUGCCCGCGCUCCGCUGUCUCGCGCUCCUGGUCGCUCCGGCUCCUCUCGGCAGCCCGGAGCCGCGGCCACGCGAGGUUGUAAAAAUCCAUGUGGGACCGCGCCGGGGCGAGCAUCGCUAAGAUCUCUGAGUGGAGCCAUUUCCCAGCACAGACUAUACAGAAUGUGGUGAGAAUUCUGGCCUGUGGAGGAAUUGGUUUAAACUCUAAGGUUGCCUAGCAUCUCUUCUCUUGAAUAGCACCACAUCGCAGAAGAAAAAUGUAUGGAAGUGCAAGAACCAUCACUAAUCUGGAAGGUAGCCCUUCCAGAUCACCUCGUUUGCCAAGGUCUCCUCGGUUGGGCCACCGAAGAACAAGCAGUGGGGGAGGGGGAGGGACAGGCAAGACUCUGUCCAUGGAGAAUAUCCAGUCCCUUAAUGCAGCCUAUGCCACAUCUGGACCCAUGUACUUGAGUGACCAUGAAGGGGUGGCGUCCACAACUUACCCAAAGGGUACGAUGACUCUGGGCAGGGCCACGAAUCGAGCUGUGUAUGGAGGCCGGGUCACAGCCAUGGGGAGUAGUCCCAAUAUUGCGUCCGCUGGACUUUCCCACACGGACAUUCUUUCCUAUACGGAUCAACACGGGGGGCUGAGCGGCUCAUCCCAUCACCACCACCACCAGGUGCCCUCCAUGUUGAGGCAGGUAAGAGACAGCACCAUGUUGGAUCUUCAAGCUCAGCUCAAAGAAUUGCAGAGAGAGAAUGACCUCCUACGGAAGGAGCUUGACAUUAAGGACAGCAAACUGGGAUCGUCCAUGAACAGCAUCAAGACUUUCUGGAGUCCCGAGCUCAAGAAAGAGAGAGUGCUGAGAAAAGAGGAGGCAGCUCGGAUGUCUGUCCUCAAGGAGCAGAUGAGGGUUUCUCACGAAGAAAACCAGUUAUUGGAUGCCAGAAGAACCAAGCACCUGCAGUUGACCAUCCAGGCCCUUCAGGAUGAGCUGCGGACCCAGAGAGACCUCAACCACCUCCUGCAGCAAGAGAGCGGCAACCGAGGAGCAGAGCACUUCACCAUCGAGCUGACGGAGGAGAACUUCCGCAGGCUCCAAGCUGAGCAUGACAGACAGGCCAAGGAGCUGUUCCUUCUGCGGAAGACAUUGGAGGAAAUGGAAUUGAGAAUUGAAACACAGAAACAGACUCUCAAUGCCCGAGAUGAGUCCAUUAAAAAGCUCCUGGAGAUGCUGCAGAGUAAAGGGUUACCAUCCAAAAGCCUCGAGGAUGACAGUGAGCGCACGCGGCGGAUGGCAGAGGCAGAGUCUCAGGUCAGCCACUUGGAAGUGAUUUUAGACCAGAAGGAGAAGGAAAACAUCCAUCUGAGAGAGGAAUUGCACCGAAGGAGCCAACUUCAGCCGGAGCCAGCCAAGACCAAGGCUCUCCAGACCGUCAUCGAGAUGAAGGACACAAAAAUUGCUUCACUGGAGCGAAACAUCCGGGACCUGGAGGAUGAGAUCCAGAUGUUGAAAGCCAAUGGUGUGCUUAACACGGAGGAUCGUGAGGAGGAGAUCAAGCAAAUCGAGGUGUACAAAAGCCACUCCAAGUUUAUGAAGACCAAGAUUGACCAGCUGAAGCAGGAACUUUCCAAGAAGGAGUCAGAACUUCUUGCCUUACAAACAAAGCUUGAAACCCUUAGCAAUCAAAAUUCAGAUUGCAAGCAACACAUCGAAGUGCUUAAAGAGUCACUUACUGCCAAAGAACAGAGGGCUGCCAUCCUUCAGACAGAGGUAGAUGCGCUGAGAUUACGCCUGGAAGAGAAAGAAUCUUUUCUCAAUAAGAAAACGAAACAGUUGCAAGACCUCACAGAAGAGAAGGGGACCCUAGCUGGAGAGAUCCGUGACAUGAAAGAUAUGUUAGAAGUAAAGGAAAGAAAAAUCAAUGUUCUUCAGAAAAAAAUUGAAAACUUGCAAGAACAACUUAGGGAUAAGGACAAACAACUGACCAACCUGAAAGACCGAGUCAAGUCCUUGCAGACAGAUUCCAGCAACACAGACACUGCUCUGGCCACACUGGAGGAAGCCUUGUCAGAAAAGGAGAGAAUAAUAGAGCGUUUGAAAGAGCAAAGGGAGAGAGAUGACCGGGAGAGACUAGAAGAGAUAGAAUCCUUUCGAAAGGAGAACAAAGACCUCAAAGAAAAGGUCAAUGCUUUACAGGCUGAACUCACGGAGAAAGAGUCCAGUUUAAUCGACCUCAAAGAACACGCGUCUUCAUUAGCUUCUGCGGGACUGAAGAGGGACUCCAAAUUAAAAUCUCUAGAAAUAGCCAUCGAACAAAAGAAGGAGGAGUGUAGCAAAUUGGAAGCACAGCUUAAAAAGCAAGCUGAGCAGUUGUUCAAUCAGAUGUACAACCCAGCACAUAAUAUUGAAGAUGACUCCAGGAUGAACCCUGAGUUUGCAGACCGACUGAAGCAGCUGGACAAGGAAGCCUCUUACUAUCGCGAUGAGUGCGGCAAGGCGCAAGCGGAGGUGGACAGGUUGCUGGAGAUCCUCAAGGAGGUGGAGAACGAAAAGAAUGACAAAGAUAAGAAGAUUGCCGAGCUUGAGAGGCAUAUGAAAGAUCAGAAUAAGAAGGUGGCUAGCCUCAAGCACAACCAACAGCUGGAGAAGAAGAAAAAUGCCCAGUUAUUAGAAGAAGUCCGCCGGCGCGAAGAUAGCAUGGUCGACAACUCACAGCAUUUGCAGAUAGAGGAGCUGAUGAACGCGCUGGAGAAGACCAGACAGGAGCUGGAUGCCACCAAAGCGCGCCUUGCCUCCACCCAGCAGUCUCUGGCCGAAAAGGAAGCACACCUAGCCAACCUCCGCCUAGAGAGGAGGAAACAGCUAGAGGAAAUCCUGGAGAUGAAACAGGAAGCACUUCUUGCGGCCAUUAGUGAAAAAGAUGCAAACAUUGCCUUGCUGGAAUUGUCUGCCUCCAAAAAGAAAAAGACCCAGGAAGAAGUCAUGGCUCUGAAGCGGGAGAAAGACCGGCUGGUGCAUCAGCUAAAGCAGCAGACGCAGAACAGAAUGAAGUUGAUGGCAGACAACUAUGACGACCAUCACCAUUACCACCACCACCAUCACCACCACCACCGAUCUCCUGGGAGGUCACAGCAUUCCAACCACAGGCCCUCUCCGGACCAGCUGUCAGAAAGGUUGGCUAAAGGGAAAGCUCCGCACUGCAGUCAUUGCCACGUAAUCUCCUGCAGCGUGGCUGUCUCCAUUGCCCACCACCAGCCUCAGCGGCAGGUCCCAACGGAAGGGGGAUCCUCACCUUCACAUUCCUGCGUAAUUCUGGUCACCUUAUCCCUCCUGCAUUUGGGUGUAUGGGAAAGAAAGAGUAUGAAGGAGGAGAAAGAUGACAGUCCUUUCAUUUUCUGUCAGGAUUUGGACCUUUACAGUGUGACCGGCUCUGCUGAAAGCCACGUGGUGAGCAUUUUAUUUCUGCUGCUUUGCCUCCUGGAUACACCGGCACUGCACGGGAUUCAAGCUGUGGAUUCAGUGUCUGUUGGACAGCUUGCUCUAUCUCCUAAUAUCCUGCUGGUCGGUCCAAGUGGUCCUAACACAUCAGAUUACCAUGCAGUCUAAACUUGCUGCGGAUGAGUGCUGCUGGUGGCGUUGAUACACUAUGGUGCGUGGAGUGUUUGACAAGGAAACCAAAAGACCAAAAAUUGAGAGCCCUCCUCUAUUUCUUUAAUCUGUCAGUCAAGAAACGACAUUUCGAUGGUGUUAUCAGUUGUUACCUCUGGGCCAGGUUGGAAAUGAAAUCAAUUUUUUAAACCACUAAUAACUUGCCAAGAAAUCGCCUUAUGAGAACAUGGUGUGUGUCUCUGACAGUGCGUGGCACAUCUAAAUUGGUCAUUCAUAAUUUUACUGUCCUGUUCAUGUGCAAGAGAGUGGCAAAAGCCUGAGGCAUCUGCGUGCGGCUACUCCACCUGCUCCUUGAACCCCACACACUGGGACGUGACCUGGCCUCAGGCUCUUCUCGUUCUCACACAUGCAGGUCUCCAUGAAGAAGCUGAGAGAUUCAUUCAUGUUUCAAGAUCCAAAUGCUGUGCAAGCAGUGAGUGUGAGCUUGGGUUUUCUCUAAAUGAAGGGUCAUUUCUCACUGUUUUUUUUUCCUUAAGAAAAUGUCUCUAAUGUGGAUUCCAAAGCAUUUUCAGCAUCAAACGUGCAAGCAUUGAUGAAUGAAGAACAAUCAUAAAAGUUGUGUGUCUGUAAAUAGCAUUGCACAGGCUGUCUGUGGGUACAGUAGAGUCGUUAUCUAAAGCACAUGCCAGAGAAAGAGACCACAUUCCGAGGUCUUCUACAUACAAUGACAAGGUACUUAGGAGAUUUCUACUCCUGCUGCUUCCUCUGAAGAUAAAAAAUGAUUAGUCAUUACAACUUCAUACAAAACACACAACUGAGCCUGGCAAAUGUGCAGCUCUUGGAUUGACCCAUUCUUGUCGAGGGGAGGAACCCUCCUUCCUGCAUUCCUAAAGGACAAACAGUGAAUUUUAGCAUGAGUGGCCUUAAUAAAUACAAUUGUCUUUCUUUGCUGCUGUGGAAAGGGUUCUAAGCAGAAGCUGCUGAAAUCUUGCAUUGAAUCAAAUCAUUAUUACUUUCCAAAAUGUUGGUGCAAUUAACUCUGGACCUCUCUCAUGAGCCAUAGAGAUAGAAGACAAACCCCUUGUUUGCUGGGGAAAGGAAACUGUUCCUGAACUGCACCCUUUAUUCCUGGUGCAUCAGGACUGAUAUAUUCAAACAGGUUUCCUGCUGUGGGCUUCGUUCUUGUCGGUAAAUUGUGAACUAUGUAAAGCUUACAUGUUAACAUAAAUGAUCCAAAUACAUUCGUGUUUUAAAAGUUUGACCUUUAACUAUCAAAAGGAUGUAGGUCAUUGUUAGAGAAGGGAGCAGAGUUCUUUGCAAGUUUAUUUAGUAUUCUUUGGUGGAGUGUGGCAAUGAAAACCCAAGCCACAGACUGGUCCCCAGGUAUGGUUUGGGUAUCCUCAGAGAAGUCCUCACAGCCUACCACCAGGUCAUGACUUGAACUCUGCAACUAAAUACUUGAAAUAGGAAGUAGGAGAACCAGGAUGGUAAAUGGGGUCCUUGAAGUAGCACACAAAGCGAUCAAUCAUGUGUAUUUACCUAUUUCUACAUUUGUGCCAAUUUUGUCACAGCUAUUGUUUGGGGGAUCUUUUUUUGGCCCCACUUUUGUUGGUUGAAAGUAUUUUUGAUCUUACAUUCAUGCAAAUGUAUAAUUUGGUCCCUGGAAAAGUGAAUUCCAUCUAACACAACAUCUUUUCCCAUUUUCUGUAAUAUUCUCUGACGUUUGGGGGUUACAAAAGAAACCCCUUUUCACACAUUGAAAAUAGUGUCUGGGUUUACAACAAACACUGUGAUGUUCGGAAGGUAUUUCCUUUCUGCAACCUUGAGCAGGCUCCCUUCUAAUCCAGUAUGAUUGAAGCUAAACAAAAACAAGGUUGUGCUAACCCUUAGGAGGAACUGGUUUAAGUCUUACCUUGCGCAAGAGCAGGCUUGUAUUUAUAACCCCUUUUGAUUUCUAUAUACAGUGUCGAUUUUGUAUUUAAUGAUCUUGUGUAUUCAGUAUGCACCUUCACAGUGUGUCCACUCUCCUUUGAAAGUGGGUUUGACUUUUUAAACAGUGUUUAUGAUGAGACCUCAAAUGUGUUGCUAUAAGCCCUCUCUGCCGUGUUGUUGUGUAGAGUUGCAUUUGGAUGCUGCCAGGGGUCCAUGUAUCUAGUUCCCUGAGACCCUUGUUUGAUAGUGCUUCUUGUAAUAUUUCUUCAAGUGAGUGGCAUGUGGGUUGUGAUAUUGACCAUGUGAUUAUGGACAUCGAUAUGAAAAAUAAAUAAUAAAUAAAUAAAAUUAAGGAACCCUCAAAACUACCAAUGGGCAUGUAUUAGCCAGUCAUUGUAACCUCAUGUCUAGUAGAAAUACCAUGUGCAAGUAUGUACAGCUCAUAACUUUGUUAUCAUGUGUAUGAGGAGUACUUUGUGCUGAUUGUCUUAUUUAUAUUCAUCAAAUAAACCUUGUUUCU